CCAUCUAUUGCAAAGGUCACGGACGAUGUAACAGCUUUCAAUAAGCCACCGCCGCCGAAGGAUCCAUAUGUACUCUAUGGAAAUAUCAGAUUCAAUCCGAACUGGGUAUUCAAUGUCCGAUCACACACGUACUUUGUGUGGCUGUCACUACUGUCCGUGGCUAUCCUGUACAACUUAAUAAUGAUUGUUCCCCGUGCGGUAUUUGAGCAGCUGGAAGCCGAUGCACGUUCUUACUAUUUGUGGAUAUGCCUGGACUAUCUCAGUGACACUGCAUACUGGCUGGAUAUGGUCGUCAAUUUGCUGACAGGGUUUUAUGACAACGGCAUCAUCGUCCGGGAGCCACGAAAAUUAAUAAGGCAUUAUCGAUUCAGCCGGCAGCUAAAAUGGGAUCUGGCCAGCAUUUUUCCGCUGGAUAUGCUGUACAUUUACACUGGCCGACAGAUACCUUGGAUAUUGCUGCGGUUGAAUCGACUGUUGAAACUGCCUCGAUUGUCGGAGUUCUUGUACCGAGCGGAGAGUCGUACGCAGAAUCCUGCAUUAUUCCGAACAUUCUGCUUGUUUGGCGAAUUAUUCAUCAUUGUGCACCUGAACGGCUGCGUGUAUUACUCCUUCAGCUCCAUUGUGGGCAUCGGUUCGGACCGGUGGGUGUACCCAGCGACGGCGGAAUGGCGAACAACCGUCACGAACAACACGGACUUCGUCAACGACACCAUGCUGCAGAAGUGGACCGUGUGCACCUACUGGUCAGCGAUGAUGCUGACCUCCAUCAUCCCGCAGAUGAACAAUCCCACCAACAACGAAGAGAUCAUCUUCCACUGCACGGAAAUGUUCCUGGGCAUCAUUCUCUUCACCAAUAUUCUGGGCCGCAUCAGCGCUCUGCUUUCCGAUCUCGACAAGAAACACGAUCAUUUCAAAGAAAAACGCGAUGGCGUGCGCUCCUAUAUACGGAUGCGAAAGGUUGGCAGAGACAUGGAAGAACUGGUAAUGCGCUGGUUUGACUACAUUUGGACGACCAAUCAGCAACUCGACGAAGAAUCAGUACUAACGCGUUUACCGGAGAAGAUUCGCCUGGAGAUUGCCAAAUGCAUACACUUCGAUAUCCUCAAAAAAAUUCACUUAUUCCACGAUGUGCCGGAUCAGUUUCUGGAACAAAUCGGGCUGAAAUUGAAAUUCGAACCGUUUUGUCCGGGAAGUUUUGUAUGCCGCAAAGGCGACAUCGGGCGCGAAAUGUACAUCAUCCGGCGUGGACGCCUGCAGAUCGUCUCGGACGACGGGCACACCGUGCUGGCCACCCUCAACCCGGGCGCGGUCUUCGGCGAACUGAGCAUCCUCAACAUCCCCGGCAACAAGAACGAGAACCGUCGCACGACGAACGUGCGGGCGUUGGGCUACGCCGAUCUGUUCAGUCUGUCGCGCGAGGAUCUGUGGGCCUCGUUGGACGACUACCCCGAAGCGGCCGUCUCCAUGCUGGGCAAGGCCACGGUCAUCCUGAAGAACCUGGAUCUGUACAGUGAGGAUUUAGCCAGGGAAACGGAGAGGAGGACGCGGGAUUACCAGCAGGCCGUCGCCACACUGGAAGCCCGAGUGGACGCGUUGGUGAAGAAUGUGGAGGUGUUUCUGCACAACUGCACGGUGCGCAGUGGCAGACUCGAGCGGGAAGUUGCGCAGCUCGAAGAUGCCAUCCAGUAA